AUCCUCCACAACCACCACGAUCCGCGACGAUGAUGCAUGCGUUGGCGAGGGCUGUGGUGUGGCAACGCGCUGUCGCUGCUUCUUCCGCUGCUGUUGUUCGGCCAGUGACACGGGCCAGCCUGCACACCGCGAGCCCCUGCGCUGCCGGCGAGAAGUCGCGCCUCAAACGCGGCAAGGGUCGUAGCGGCAACGAGUUUGGCCCUCUCACAGAUCUGCCAGACUGGAGCUACGCAGAUGGUGACCAGGCGCCUGCACCCAUGACGGCGGCACAGCUCAAGCGAAAGCGUGACGCACAACGCAGACAGGCGAGGGUGUCCCAGUUGUUGAAGGAUAUUUCAGUGGCAUCAAAGCCAGCGCGCAAGUGAUUCAAGCAUGGGACUGGGCGUGAGUUGACGUGCGUUGUUAGGUCUGUGUGUUUGUGUGUGUAUGCGAGAAAAGUGAGUGUGCACAACCACGUGUGCGCGUGUGCUGGUCGGUGUGGUGUUCUUUCUUCUGCAUAUUUUCCUCUCCGAUCAGCAAAAUAAAGUGUCACUGACCACCCCAAA